AUGAACGGCUCUCUCUUGACCCCCCCCAGCCCGCGGGCGGCCAGCUCCUCCCCCUUACCUCCCUCUCCCUCCCCGUCUCCCUCUCCUCCGUCUCCCUCCAUGCUGCCCCUGACCCCGCGGCCCCCCCCCCUGCCGCCUCUCGUGAGCCCGCCCCCCCAGGCCCACCCCUCCUCCCUCUCAGACACGCCCACCCCCUCCCCCUCCCCCUGCCUGAGCUGGACCGAGUUCUGCGAGCUUCACGCACGCGUCGCCGCCGGGGACUUUGCUCGCCACUUCCGGGCGUUUCUCCAGGAGAACCCCCACUACUCCCCCGACUCGGCCGCCGCCUUCUGCCGGCGCUUCACCGACCGCUUCGUCCGCCACUUCCAGAGCGAGCUGGGGGGGGCGCUGCCUCCGGCGUCUGGACGGGACGAGAUGAUGAGCUGGGCCCCCCCGUCCGACGCCACCUCGCUGGAGGAGGAGGCGGUCUCGCCCCUCUCGGCCACGGAGGGCGUGGUCCUCCCGUGCCCCCCCACCGGCAUGAUGCGGGCGCUGUCCAAGCCGACGCCCCCCCGGCUGGUGCUGGAGAACCGCUCCGGGGACCGGUUCCAGGAUUCUUACGCCAUCGGCCAAGUCCUCCCGCCGUCGUCCUCCUCGUCGUGCUGCUCCUCGGUGGGGGGGAACAACGGCCGGCGCGAGGAGAGGGGGGCCGUGGUCGCCCCCGGGAACGGGGAGGCGCCGGUGGAGGAGGAGGAGGACAGCUGGCUCGGGGGGGCGUCUGUUGGAGAGGACGUGGACCCGGAGGAGCAGGAAGCUGCCGAGGUGGAGAACGAUGAUUCCACGUCUCAGGUUCCGGCGUCUCCGUCCUCCGACACGCCGCCGGACGCCAGAGGGAACGGCACGCCCAACUCCUCCAAGAACAAGCUGAAGAAGCGCUUCUCGCUGCGCAGCGUCGGCCGCAGCGUGCGCGGCAGCGUGCGCGGCAUCCUGCACUGGAGGAGCUCGUCCAGCGACUCGGCGCAGAGCCAGCUGCCCUCCAGCUACAGCUACACCGGGGGGGUGCAGGACGCCGCUCUGGUGUCGACCUCCAAGAGGAACUCUGGCACGCAGCCCCCCACCCCCACCUCCUCCAUGCCCGUCUCUCUGUCCAUGCCCCUCUCCCUCCCCCACUCCUCCUCCUCCUCUCUGCCGCCCUCGUCCUCGAGCAGCGCCACCUCUCUCUCUCUGUCGGAGGCGGCUCGGGAUCGGAGGCGGAGCAACGGCGAAGGAGGCGAGAAGGAGAAGUGGAGUCAUCGGCUGGAGAAACUCAGACUGUCGCGUUCCCCUCCCCCUGUCCUCACCCCCACCGCUUCCUGCGCUUACUCCACCUCCUCCACGCUGCCUCCGAGCAGCGCCGCCGCCGCCGCCAUGGGGCCGCCGAGGAGGGUGGGCCGACUGGUGCGGGAGGGGGGGGUGAGCGUCAGCUCGUCCAGCGACGAGUUGAGUGGAAGCCACGGCUUCUCUGGCUUCUCCUUCAGUUUGUUGCAUCACGGUACGGACAACAACCACGCGGCCUCGGCGGCGGCGGCUCAGAGUCCGGUGCAGCCGCUGAUCAGCGGCGGGAACGUGCCGUGGCGAGGAGGCCGCUGGCACAAGUGUCGCCUGGUCCUCAGAGAGCGGGACCGAGAGGGCGGCGAGCGGGGGGAGGAGUACUACCUGGAGUUCUUCAUUCCACCCAAGUCGUCGAAGCCGCGGCUGACGGUGCCGUGCUGCUCCAUCGGGGACGUGAGGAGCACCACGGCGCUGGAGGUGCCGGACAAGGAGAACACGUUCCUGCUGCAGCUGGAGGCGUCGGCGCAGUAUGUGAUCGAGACACGAGACGCCGUGCAGAUGAGGGCGUGGCUGAGCGACAUCAGGAACGGCAUCUGUCUCAGCGAGCAGGACGAUGCUGAGGGCGGCUGUGGCGGCCCGUUGGACAUCAGUGGGACUCCGGAGAUCGUUGACCGUCUUUCACAAGUGUUGUACGGAGGCAUCGGAGGCUCGUCACCUCUGAUGGAUCCUCUCCCACCGGAGCUGCCGCCUCGAGCUCCUCUCGACGAACCAGACGGCCGGAUUCUCGGUGGAGGCGGGGCUAGUCUAGGCACACCCUUUGCAGAGACGCCAGAUGCCACAGGCUCCUUCCUGUUCUCUGAGGUGACGUCGUCCGAGGCCGUGGAGCAUCCCCUCAGCGAGUGCCAGUGGUUCCACGGCACGCUGUCCCGCCUCAAAGCUGCUCAGCUGGUGUUGGCCGGAGGCCCGGCGAGCCACGGCGUCUUCCUGGUUCGCCAGAGCGAGACACGGCGUGGAGAAUAUGUCCUCACCUUUAACUUCCAGGGCAAAGCCAAGCACCUGCGUCUGUCUCUGAACGAGGACGGGCAGUGCCGGGUGCAGCACCUCUGGUUCCAGUCCAUCUUCGACAUGUUGGAGCACUUCCGGGUGCACCCGAUCCCUCUGGAGUCCGGCGGCGCCUCCGACGUCACGCUCAUCAGCUUCGUGGGCGCCACCGCCGUUCGCCAGCCAGGCCGGGACAGGGCGGGCAGUCGGCCUACAGUCUGUGACGUCAUCACCACGCGCCAUCCUGACUCUCCAUCAACCCCCAUCUCUGACUGUGUACUUGACCAGCAGACCCCGUAGCCCCCCUCAGCCCCCCCCCCUGCCGCCGGGCCGGCCGCCGCCACCGACUCCGCCACAGG